AUGUUGCAAGCGGUGCUGAAGGGUGACCUUGAAGCACUCAAAAAGGAGCGAGGGGCCAAGGUCCUGAAGUUCCAGCAUGUGGGCCGCAGCACAAUGCGGGAUGCCACGAAGACGCACAUCUUGCCAGAACUGGAGUUCGGCUUGCUGAAGGAUUUCGCCCGCGAGCUGAAGCUGGGUGCGAAGGAGCGGAGCCAUUUGAUGGACAUGUUCGUGGAUCAGUUCUUGGCCAUGGAAGAGCACAUGCGAUUGGAGGUGACGGUGCGCUCGCUGUGCCACUCGCGUGGCGUUACAGCGGAUUACUUGCAGUUUCAAGAGCGCUUCAAGAUGAAGAAGACGUUACUACUCAUUGGCGAAGUGGGUAGCAUCGAAGCGCACUGGGCACAGCUCAUUCAGCCGGCUGUGUACUUUUUCCUGAAGGAAUACAAUGUGGUCAUCAUUGACUCGCCAUCCUUGGGACAUAGCCGAGAUCGCUGGAUGCAGUAUGGUCCUGCAGUGAUCCGAGGUGUCUUGAGGCACUUGGAUAUCGCGCAUGUGAGCGUCUUCUCCCUUGGCCUGGGCUCUUGCAUCUUCUACAAGCUGGUGGCGGAGACGCCUCACAUCUUAAGUCCCACGCAUAUCGUCUACAACCAGGACAUGGCUGAUCUGAAGUUUGUGCCCUUCGAGCCAUUUGAUGUGGAGGUGGCCUUGAGGGACAACGAUAUCCAAGUUUGGAUGAUAUACAAUGACGAGGAUGACACGGAGGAUCCUUUUGCCUAUAAUCGGCACAACAAGGGCCCCUCGCGAAUGGCGGAGAGCUUCUUGAAGAUGCAGGCAGAGACCUUCAAGAGGGCUGUCAGGGUGAACGCCAGUGGCCCCCGCACCAACACGGAGCAGCAGCUACUGGAGAUUGCGAGAAGCUCUGCUGGUGCCGUUUGCUCCAAGAGUGCCACGUUGGAGGAGCGAAGUGGAAAUGAUCAGCCGCGCUACACUGAGAUCCAGUUGGGGGACAGGACCUCCAGCAUCAACUCGGAGGGCCUGCCGAACAAGGGCUUUGCCGCCUACACCGAGGCCUCCUUGCUGCGGAGGCUGCGGGAGUCUGCGGAGCCGGCGGGGAAGCCCUACAUCUUGUCAAUCUCUGGCUUGUCCCUUCAGGAGAAUUUGCGCAUGCUGGACCUGCUGCUAGAGUCAGGCUCGGUGGAGCAUUUGAGCGCUGUGGAGGUGAAUGUGGCAUGUCCCAAUGUUCCAGGAAAGCCAUUGGUGGGAUAUGACUUCCCCCAGUUCGAGGCGGUGUUGAAAGAGAUCAGCGCCCACCCAGUCUUCACCGCCAAUCCCACGCUGGCGCUGGGCUUCAAGUUGCCACCGUACCUGGAUGCUCCGCUCUUCGAUGCGGUGGCGGGGAUGCUGAAUCCAUUGGCCAAGAGCAAAGGUGGAGUGCUGGGCUACGUCGUCUGUUGCAACACCUUGGGGAGUGCUUUGGCCGUGGAUGUGGAGACUGAAACCACGGUCCUGCACCCCAAAGGAGGCUUCGGUGGCCUUGGAGGGCCAGUGGUGCGAUAUUUGGCCAUGGGAAAUGUGUCUCACUUCCGCUCUCGCUUGGAUGAGAGCAUUCACGUGGUGGGCUGUGGAGGAGUGUGCACUGGAGAAGACGCCUUCGCACACAUCCUUUGUGGAGCCACUGCUGUGCAGGUGGCGACGCAGCACCGGGUGGAGGGCCCCACCUGCUUCUACCGCAUCGCCGAGGAGUUGAAAGACCUCAUGCGGCGGAAAGGCUACAAACGCCUGGAGGACUUCCGCGGAAAACUCAAGGUCUUACUGAAAAGGGAAAGGGUUCCACCUGUGGCGUUCCUAAGUCCGGACGAUGAAUUGAGGGAACGGAGCUACGAUGAGAUCUUGGUGACUGAGAAGCUCAACGUGGGCCAACGCGGGGAGAAUCCGCAUGUGCAGAAGAUCUGGGUCAGUCGGGUUCCGGUGCACAUCUUCAGCGACGAAGUCAUUGGAGUCAUGGCGCACUACUUGAACUCGCAACCUUCGUCCGUGCAGGAUGAUGUGGUGGAUGGCUUGGUGAAAGACCUGGUCGACUACUUCCGCGAGGAUAUCAAGGAGGUGAUGGAGCUGCCGGCCUUGAAGAAUUGCUUGUUGGGCCGCACUGACAAGGUGCGCAAGAGCACCGCUGCAGCCAAUCGUCGGAGGAUGGAAGCGAUUCAGGAUUCCAUGCUGGCGCUCACAGAUGCUCCCAAGGUGGAGACCUUGACCCUCUCGAGGAAUGGCACGGGCAAGAGUGCCUCCAAGCUCCAGCGCACCAAGUCCAACCUCACCGUGCUCUCUGAAGAUCAGCCCAUGGAUCCCGACGAAGAGGAGGAGUCGCUCUUCGAUGAACCGGACGAGGAUUACCGUGCGCGCUGGGCACGACUGAAGCCCAUCAGAGAUCGAAGUGCGGCGUCCCUCCGUCCGCGCGCCCUUCCGAGCCUGACCCGCAACGCCAGCCGAGGUGGGCUCUCCUCUUGA